GCACAAUACAACACCCGCAGUCAUCGCUCAGCGGCGGAAUGUCGAAAAUAGACACACUGUGCGCUCGCUGCAUCACCGACUGCAACUUGCAAGCAUCGAGCUAACCUCACCUUUUAGCGCACACAGUAACCAGUCGUCUCUCCGCGCGGUCGCAGUCGCGUCUGCUCCAACGAUGCUGCGGUGGUCCUAGCAAAGACUCGCACAGAUGUCGCACGAACUGCCAAAAAAACGAGGGAGACAGUAGCAGCAGCAGUAGUACUAGUAGCGGAGCAGCGAGUUUACGGGCAUCAGACACGGACACUCUCUCUCUGCGGCGCAUUCCAAUUUCGAUGCGGAGCUUCGCCCAGCGAUACGCUCUAACCCCGCCUCUCAGGUACGCUGCGCUGGAAACUAAGAUGCCAACUAUUUAAGGAACUGUAUAAAGGACUUUUGGAAAAUGGAAGUGAGGUGCAAGAGAUUCACUGUCUGAGAGAACCAGUCAUGGUUUCGAACCUUCUAUCCCAGGUGAUAAUUUAAGUUCCUGUGAUUAUAAGCGUUAAGAUACACACAAGAGGGCAAGAGGAUGGAGGUUAAAAAUGACGAACGCAGCAAAAGUUCCAUAUAUUUGAUGGUACCUUUCCGAAAGCUGUGCAUGGUUACAGUUUCGAUACCACUUGCCACUUUGUUGUUUUGCUUUGUGACAGCGUACAUAUAUCAGCAAGAUGACAUCCACGAGACCCAUUGUCGGGUCUAUAAUGUUCUUCCGUCAAUAUCAGCUAUUACUGGGGUAUCGCCUCAAAGAUACUUGUGGCGCGUGAGCAUAGCUCUGCACAUUGGACCACGUCUUCUCAUAGCCAGUGUUUAUUAUUCAUUUUACCACAAAAUUCUCAAAUCCUUUGAGGAUAUGCCUAAGAGAUUACAAGGAUUCAGAUUGCUGAAUCUUUCUUACUGGUUGAAUAUUGCAGAAGUCGGUGCUCUUUGUGGUGUUACUUAUAUUUCUAAUAAAGAAAAUUAUGCGGUGCACGAGAAGACCUUCAUAGUGUUCAUGAUAAGUUCUCUUACACACAUGCUGGUAGCUGUAAGAUUGGGUCGCCUAGUUACGCCAAAUGCACAAAGUCUGCAGUACAAACAAGCCCUUUUCACAACGAGCAUGAUCAGCACUGUCGGCCUUAUAAUCUUCUUCUUGAAGCAUCGAUUAUUGUGCCAUGAUCUGGCGUUUAGCUGGUUUUCUCUAUGUGAGUACGUGAUAGCUUCGGCAAACAUGGCAUUCCAUGCCACCGUCAUGUUGGAUUUCCCGGUGGAUCAGCUGGUUGUGGGAAAUGGUUUACAUCUACUUAAGGUGGAUUAAUCGAGUAAAAUUUAAUUUUACAUUUACCAUCUUAAGAUAGGUUUGCUGCAUUCAAAUGCCUGCUUGCCGUUACUUUAAAAUGAGAUUGUAAUUUGAUAUUUAGCGUGAAAUCUCACGACAAACGCAACAAUCUGAACUUGUACUAGCAGCAGGCACAGGUUGGCGGCAAUGAUCUUUGUUACUCUAUGAUGAUUAUUAAUUAAAAUGUGGUGAUAGUUUUUUGCUAUCAUCACUAUGUAGCGAGAUGUAGAAAUAAUUAUUAGGUAAAUACAACAAUUGUAUCACAACUCCAGAUUUACAAUGGGUAUGUUCAACGCUUACAUUACUUUUGUAGCUGCAUUUUUCGUGUUUGGUAUACUGUAAUGCAAAGUCUGAGAGCAAAGCUGAGAAAAGUAAGCAAAAAUUUUAAAAUAAGAAUUCUAGUCGAAUUAAUUAAUCUAGUCAAUGGAACUUUUAUCGGCUCUGAAUAUCUUGUUUGAACCUAUUUAGAAAAGAUCGAUUACAAGCUUUGACUAAGUGAUCUCAGAAUUUUAAAAUGCUUUGAUUAAAUGUUUGAUUCAACAGUCGUAGUUUUAAACGACUUUGCAUCAUAUCAUCAGAGUUUAUAACUGCGUAAGUUCAAGUUGAUUUCAAUAAGAAACAUUAUAAUUUUGCACAAGUAAUAAAGUUAAGAGAUCAAACACUGUAAAGUUAAGGUAGGGAAGACGUACGUUUUCAGUCUGUAUUUGGCACUCGAAUGAUCUUUCGUACAAAAUUAUAAAUAGUUUUGUAGAAUCUUACAAUUCCUUGAAUUUCAAUACUAAUAAAACAAACAAAACAAUAUCCGCAAUGUAAAAAUAUCAAUCGAGAUUAUUUACAAAAAUACUGUGUAGAUGAGAAGCGGCGCGCGAUUAAUGCUCAAGCGUCGUUAUAAAAGCGUGCCGAGCUCUUAAAAAUUUUUCGCAACAAAUAGUAAUAUAGUAGUAAUCACUAAAAAUGUAAUGCUAUCAAAAAGGAUUUUUAAAAGUUUUUAUUAGUUGAUACCGUUUUACUAGAGUUCGGUACGACUUACUAAGUAUGUAUACAUAUUGUAUUAUAUGUAUGAUUAUAAACUAGGGAUAAAUGAUUUUCGUAGUCGGUAAGCUAAAUAUGAACUGUAGAUUGUGUGGCACUUGCAAUUUACAAUAUCGUUUUUGCACGUUUUUACAUAUGCGAACGUAUACCAGUAAGAAGGUUCUAUAUUUUUAUAAAUAUGAUUGAUUCUUUAA